AUGACCUCUCUCCACCCAGUGGCUCCAACCAGCCUGAACAUCAUCAGGGGCGCCGACAGCAGCGUCGUGCAGGGCACAGAGGGUCACAACCUGUACCUGCAGUGCCUCGUCAACGGUGCCAGACCCGCCCCCUCCAUAGCUUGGUACCGCAAUGGUCUCAUGUUGGAUGACAGCCUCCACACGGAGAGGGCUGACCACAUAUCCCCCGAGACGAAGAGAUGGAGCGUCAGAGUCGUCUCUUGGUGGUGCCAAGUGUCCAAGACGACGGUCAACAGUACACCUGUCGCGCCCUCCAUCCCACGUUCGCCAGGUCCCACAAGGCGCUGGUGGAUUCGGUCACCCUCUCGGUCUUACGUGAGUACCACAGCCCCUUCUGUCUCUGGUGGCACAAGAAAGCGGCAAUGGGAUUGUGUCUGGAUACUGCCACAUUCUGAAGGAGGGCGAACUCCUGUCCCUAUCCUGCCGAUCCACGGGCGGGAACCCACGCCACAACUCUCCUGGUACAGAGACGGGCGUUUACUGCAGCAGCACCCGAAUAUCACCCACUCGUCGAAGGCCGCCUCCGAAGACGGAGGAGAGGCGGAAGCCACCCUUCGGUGGGCGGUGACGGGAGAGACGACGGCGCCCGUUACGAAUGCAGAGCCCAGAACGAAGUCUCGCGCGGACUCCUGCUUGCGGAUGACGUCACGCUUAGCGUUCUCUGUGAGUAUAUAG